AUUGGCUGCCGCUGGCCAGAAUAGUAACAGCCAGUUGCCGAGGGAACCCCUUUAACAACAAACAGUUAUUUAGCGUUUUAAGGUUUGCAAAACCCCUUACGGACAUUACCUAGUUUGGAGAGGCAAGUCCUUCCUCCUUUCGGCGGCAACUGCGGGACCAUGUCAGCUACCGAAGUCCCCCUGCCCCAGGGGAAUCCCAUGUGCUGGUUUUGGACAAAUCAAAGAAAAUGAUCCAGAAAGAUUGGAGAAAGAAGGAGCUGAAGAACAGAAAAAGCUGAAUUAGAUGAGGAAGGAAAAGAUAUCAACCCUCAUGUUCCCCAGCACAUCUCUGUGCCAUAGUAUAUAGUAGUAGUCUCUCAGAAGCCGAGAAUGAUGAUCAAAGAUACUUGUGCGUGAAAGAGAUUUAAGUGGAAAAGUCAGUGCACAGAGACAGUCCCACUCUCUCGGCUUGGAAGCCUGGGUCCAGUGGCACGAAAAAUCAUUACACUUGGAGACUUCCUCAGCUGCAUUGGGUGGCCGCAUUGUCCUUUGUGCUCCAACACGCCCUAAACACUCCACCUUGCCUUGCUGCAUCGCCAUCUCAGCCACUGAACCUUCUUGUUGGUUUCUUCCACCUGUUUCGCAGAAACAGUCUUCGCAUGCUGGGUGAGCAAAGCCCUAGUUCUUAGUUCACCAGGGGACAGUGACUCGAUGGCUACCCUCACAAGGUUUGGCCGGCCUGUCGAAGCCAAUGCCUGGGGUGUGGCCACUGCCCCGUGCUAGCAGCUACUGGGAGCCACAAGUGAGAGCUGGGUGUCAGGUAGGGGUCAGAGGAUGGAGAGCUGCCCUAAGAGGGCACGGCAAGCCCUCCAUACCAAGGUGCUACCCCUCCUGAACACCCCUCCAAAGGACUGACCCUGAAGUAUCAGAGACCUCAGCCUGAGAAACAGAAAGGGCACAAUUCAUCCAGAGAGUGGUCCAAGGGGGAUGUAAAGGAGAAUAGAGAGGCUGCAAAAUACCAUAAAGGAGCUUGUGAAGAUUGUGUGGCUCUUAUCCACACCAAAGAUGACUACUUUGAGAGGCCUUUGAAUAUUGGGACCAGAUUCACAGGAAUAAGGAUAGUGCCAGAUGAAUCCAGCGUUGUUGGACUGUAAUGGUAAAAGGGAUAGGUGGAUUGGCUACAACUCAGAGGAACAUAGGAAGUGUGUGGAAGAGUAUGUCAAAGUCAAUGUAGAUAAACCUAUGCUGAAUGCUACAGAAGCUACAGGAAGAAUUGGCUUCAGGAGAGUCAAUGGAACAAGUGAAUUCACCAAAACAUCAAUGGGAAGAGGAAACAAAUUCUCAGGUGGAAAGAAACCAUAAUAGUGAAGAUGAGGACUAAGAUAAGUACAAUGACAUUGAUAUGCCUGAACAGAAUUGUGACUCCAAAAGAUGAAUUACAGGGUCCAUAAUAUCAGGAUUCAAGAAGACAUUGCUAAAUACUAAAUACUUGCAAAAUUUAGAUCCCAAUUCUGCCUACUAUGAUCCAAAAACAGAAGAAAUGAGAGAGAUUCCCUAUGUCAAUGCAGGAAAGAAUCCUGAUGAAGUUAAUUAUGCAGGAAACAAUUUCAUUAGAUACACUGGAGAUACAAUUUCAAUGUCACAAACACAGUUGUUUGCCUGGGAAGCUUAUGACAGGAUCUGAAGUGCAUCUCCAAUUAGAACCAACAAACUGGAGUUGUUAUAUAAGUCAUUCAAAGUCAAGAAAAAUUAUUUCAGAGAACAACAAAGAAAAUAUCCUAGAGAAGCCUGGAGGUAAAGAACACUUGGAUGCAACUCCUUCUGAGUUACUCUUAGCUCAAACAGAAGAAGACUAUGUGGAAUAUUAAAGACAUGGAUCAAUUUUCAGAGGACAAGAGCAAGCUAUUAUCUGCUCUAAGUAUGAGGAGGAUCAAAAGUGCUGUAAUUCCUUGGCCAAAUUUUCCCACUAUAUUGGAGAACCUGGGAAGGAAAUUGCUAAUGCAGAUGAAUAUAUAUUCCUGAUGAUGCCAUGAGAGAAGAACAAAUGAGCAGAUCAAAAACUCUGAUGGAGUUUCACCAAGAGAAACAAAGAAGAAGAAACACAGGAAGAAUAGUCAGACAGAGAGAGUGGAGAAAAGAAGAAACAUGAGGAACUGAAAAGUGCUGAGGAGACCUGCUUCCUCUAUUACAUGGCUAGAUGAGAGGAAGAGGCCUUAUAACAGCAUGUAUGAUGCUUGGGAACUUACAGAAGAGGAAAUGGAGGCAUUUAGGAUGAAAUGCUAGCAGCUAGAUUAUCCCAGGUUUUUUUUCCUUGGACAACAAUGACAUGAUUUGGAGAUUUGGGAUACUUGACUUUUAUACAUCCUUUUUUACUCUCUUGAUAAACAGAAAUGGAAAAAUCCUCAUUUGUUUUUCUUACUGUCUAUUAAAUAAAAUUUUGGAAUUCUUUCAUUAAAAAAGAAACCUUAAAACAAAAACUUAACCAGAUAUUAUCUAGUUUGAACCUCACAAGAACUCUGGGAGGUUGUAGAGGACAGCUUCCUUCCUGAUCCAGUGGCGCUUCCUGGAAAUGGAUAAAUUUGUCAUUCGGAAACCUCUGGUUCACAACAGCCCUCAGAAGAAAGAUUCUGGAGAAAAGGUUUAUAAGCAAGCCACUCUUGAAUCUCUAAAGAGAGUGGUGGUUGUUGAAGACAUAAAAAGAUGGAAAGGUGUGCUGGAGCUUCCAGGGCAGCCCCAGGAAAACUUACUUGAAGCCUUGCGGGAAUUAAAGAAGAAACUACCCUCCAAGGACGUGUUAAAGUCAACCAGGAUAGGUCACACCGUGAACAAGAUGCGCAAACAUUCAGAUGGAGAGGUGGCCAGUCUUGCCAAUGAAGUUUACACUGAAUGGAGAACAUUCAUUGAAAAGCAUUCAGACAAGCCCUCCAUUGUAGUCCGCAGUGACCCCCAAACGGAGGCCCUUAGGAAGAAUGCCCAGAAAUUAUUAUCUGAAGCCAUGGAGUUGGAGAUGGAUCACCCACUGGUUGAAAAUAUUGAGCGUGAAGCUUUUCAUCUCUGCUCCCGUCUCAUUAAUGGACCGUAUCGGCGGACAGUGAGAGCCCUGGUCUUUACAUUAAAGCACCAAGCUGAAAUUCGAGCUCAGGUCAAGAGUGGCUUGCUACCAGUCAACACGCUGGUACAGACUUACAAAAAGUGACCUUCGUAGUCGUCCACACCCCAGGGAGUGGCUGCAGGCCCACCAAGCACUGGCCGCUUUCCUCUUUUCAAAGGCCUCUUUGAAUUUGGGUGGGGGGGAGACCCAGUCGCCAUCAACCUUCUCCCAGUGCCAUUCCAUUCAGAAGGAGGGCACAAAGAACCACAGGGGAUGGGCCCAGGCAUCAUUAUCUGUAACAAGUGGCACUGUCUAAAGACAUCAAUGGCGCACCAGGGUCCUCGGAGCGCCAUAUUUGUGAUCACAAAACUAGGCCAGGAGGGUGAUGGGGCUUAUUGUGGGCUGGCCAAGGAGGCCUCUCAACUCCUUUCUCCUGUCGGGCCAAUAGUGCUUCUCCCUCAUUCCCCCACCCUGCAGGUAACUGAAACUCAAUUACUACCAGUGCUUGGUGACGUCCCCCAGAGUUUAGAUAGCCCUGGUGCCUCUCAGAACUCACCCAUCUGUCUUCCCUUUACUGUCCCCCAGGGGUCAGCCUGUGGGAGUCCACCCACUCCCCCUCUCCCGAUUGCCCUUAUCGGAAUGUCUCAGCUCUCCCUCGAAGACCUUCAGCGUUGGUCUCUGAAGCCCCCAUGCUGGGGCUUCUAAUGAGGAUGUGGCCUUAAGCGGCCAAACCUCACGCUUUAUUUGAAUGCCUGGCUCUUAGAGACGCAUAGAAAAUGCAGGAGGACGUUUCUCUCUAAACAGGUUGGUUGGGAAAAUCCAUUUUAGCAAAUGACGACUGGACUGCAGGAUGCCUUGAGUGAUCAUGUAGAUGCAAUUUGCCUUUUUAACAGUAUAAUAAUAAACCAGGUGGUUUAAAAAUGUCGAAACGUUGACUUUCUCUGAAAAGCAUUUUGGAUUGAAAACGUUCUGCUGUUUCACCUUCAUAUUUGUUCUUCGUUCCUCGAGUGAAGAGCUUUCCCUAGCCCUGGGGCUUGCAGAGAGAAUGUCCAGGCAUCACCCAGAGGCGUGCUGGCCUGUCAUUCUUUUUUUUUUUAGUUUUUAUAACCCCUUUUCUUUUGUCCUAGUAUCAGUUCUAAGACAGAAUUAGGAUAGAAAAGCAACAAGGGCUAAGCAGUCAAGGUGAAGUAGACUUGCCCAGGGUCCCAUAACUAAGAAGUGUCUGAGGCCAGAUUUGAACCCAGGUCCUCUUGUCCCCAGGCCUGGUGAUACCCCACUGUGAUACCUAGCUGCCCCUUGCCAUACAUUCUUGAAUACUAUCAAACUAGGACUCCUGGGAUCAGAGGACACGACUUUCAAAAAAUAGGUGACAUAUGUAUGUCGCCUUGAGGCUGGGGAUACGGUAUGGAUUUGGGGAAUUCCCACGGUGCUGCUUGUGACCAUCCUACAGCUCUUCUGGAAAUGGGCUGGGCUCUCUUGAGUUGCCUUGUCUACAGUAGGUGCUUAAUAAAUGCUUUCCUAAUUA